UGCGGGUAUUAAUUCCAAAAUAUACAAAUCAUUUCCCAAGUGCCUUAAGUUAAUAAUAAUACAAUUUACAAAAAUGGAGUACCUCACACUAUUCUAUGAUGGCUGGCGGGAUCUUAUGGACAAUAAAUCAGAUCCGCGCACACGCGACUACCCGCUCAUGAGUUCACCAUUCCCAACGAUAGCCAUCAGCUUGACAUACGCGUACUUUGUAAAGGUAUUAGGCCCCAAGCUCAUGGAAAACAGAAAGCCCUUCGAGCUCCGCAAAGUGCUGAUCGUCUAUAAUGCGGCGCAGGUGGUUUUCAGUGCGUGGCUUUUCUAUGAGUCCUGCAUAGGAGGCUGGCUGAAUGGCUAUAGUCUGAGAUGCGAGCCCGUCGACUACUCCUAUUCGCCAAAAGCGCUGCGAACUGCAGCGGGUUGCUGGUGGUAUUAUUUCUCCAAGUUCACUGAGUUCUUCGACACGUUCUUCUUUGUGAUGCGCAAGCGCUACGACCAGGUGUCCACUCUGCAUGUCAUCCAUCACGGUAUCAUGCCAGUGUCUGUGUGGUGGGGCGUGAAGUUCACACCAGGCGGUCAUUCGACAUUCUUCGGCUUCCUGAACACGUUCGUGCACAUCUUCAUGUACGCGUAUUACAUGCUGGCCGCCAUGGGACCGAAGGUGCAGCGCUAUCUGUGGUGGAAGAAAUACCUGACGGUGUUGCAGAUGAUCCAGUUUGUGCUGGUCAUGGUGCAUUCGUUCCAGCUAUUCUUCAAGAACGAUUGCAACUAUCCCAUUGGCUUUGCCUACUUCAUUGGAGCCCAUGCAGUCAUGUUCUACUUCCUGUUCUCCAACUUCUACAAGCGCGCCUAUGUGAAGCGUGAUGGCAAGGACAAGUCCGCUGUAAAGGCCAACGGGCAUGCCAAUGGCGCCAUCAAGGCGCACAAGGAUGGCGACGUUGCCCCGCGAAAUGGCGAGAUCAACGGCAAUAUCAACAAGUUUCAGAACACCUUCUCCAAGUUCACCACUGAGAUGUGCAAUCCUGCGCUUAACUCGAACUCGAACUCCAACUCGAACUCGAACACGACGCGACAGCGGGUGCUCGUGAAUGCGGGCAACAAAUGAAGCCGCCGCCAAUCAGCCAACCAAGAAUAAAACAUAAAUUAAUUACACUUACAAAGUAAAUUACCAUAAAUUACGCGUUAAUUAAACAUAAGCAUAGGGAGUCCAAGCAUAGUCCUAAGUUACAACAAGAUUCAGAGAAGGAGGAGAGUAUAGUAGAACAAACAUGCAUAUUGUCAUAGAAAUCCAAUUCAUAGCAAUGGUACGAUUAUGUUACAUACUCGUCAUAUGCCUGCGGGAACUCCGUGCUGGCAAUUUUGUACAGAGCACGUGUCCGCUUGCAAAUUAGGGAGAUGCCUAUGAAAGUGUAUGUACAAGUAUAUCUCUAUGUGUGUACAAGUAUGUCGUGCAGGUUAAGUUAUAUUUUUAAACGCCGUCAGGGCCAUUCUGAGGAUUUUAGUUGUAUGUACCUACCAUAUACGCUCUAAUUAGUACAUGUAUGUACGUAUAUCUACAUAGAUAUGUAUGUAUAAACAUACAUAUGUACUCAAAAUGAUAUAGCAUAUAUAUAUAUAUCUUGGCAUAGAUACCCGCUUUUUGUAUACAUAUUUCUCUCUAUUAUUGUGUUUUUGGUAAUGCAAGCGAAACAUUUUUAUACGUGUAUAUUAUUAUGUCUUUGGAUUUUUUUUGAACAAAAGAGAUGUGUUUUUUAUUUUAUAAAUAAAUGCGAGAUUUGUAAUUAGCCGGCAUUUCAAUUACUAUAAAAUCUAGACGCUUGAUUAUUUACAAACAAACUGGCAUUUUUUAAAUCAAAAAUGGUUAAAAAGAUGAUGGUCGGACAAAAAGAGUUUUUCCUUUUAUACAUAAAUGACAAGCUUUGCAGCCCAUUAUCCCCCAUUAGAGAUCAAAUUUUACAAAACCGCUUUUUGGUGCCCAGUCAUACUUCGAAAGGAAAAUUGCCAAAGUGUUGGCUUUUUGUUGAUCAACCAUUUAUUAGUCAGGACAAACGAUUGGUUUUGGAUUUUUUUCCAGGCGUCUUAAAAGGGUAAAAUUGCUUUGAUUGAAGUCUUUAAAUAAUUCAUUAAACAAUACGAGCUAAGAAGUUCUCUCCGUUUUAAUAUAUGAAGGCAGCAACUUUACUCCUCCAUCUAUUUUGCAUAGAAAAGCUCUAAGUCGUAUCGUUGUUAUGAUAUUUAUUAUUUUGAAUUUUAUAAAUAAAUAUGGUUUAUUAUAUAUUUGUACAA